AUGACAAGAAAUAAUAAUAAUAAAAGAAACUUGAACAAAAAAUUACUUGAAAAUAAUAAAUCAAUUUCUCGAGUAAAACAUGAAUAUUGGAAUAUUUUAAAUUUUCCAACAAUUGAUCUUGAUAUAAUUAAGAAAUGGGAUGUUCAAAAACUCAUUUAUCAUUUAAAAGUUAUGUUUAGUGUUGAAGGUUAUUGUCGAAAAGAUUUAUUUAAUAAAGAAUCUGAAUAUAAAUUUAGAUUGAAACAAAUUGAUGGGAAAACUUUUUUGAAAAUGACAAGAAAUGAUUUCUUUAAAAUGGGUAUUUCAGGAUUAUUAAUUUUACAUUUAGAAGCUGAAAUUUUACGUUUACAUGGAUAUUAUAAUAAUGAGAAUUAUUAUGAACCUGAAGAAUUAUUAUUAAAAUUUAAUGAUUUGGAACAAAAACCAUAUUUAUUAAGAAAUAAUAAUAUAUCAAAA